AUGGCACAAGAAGAGCGACGCGUACCCGGCACAUCAGAGGAAGAGCCUCUGCUUGGAGAAUCGGGGGAUGCGAGCCAGAAGGAGGGCAAGCCGCUGUAUCACAAUCUGGUGCUUGGCACGGGUGUGAUUGCACAGUUUGGAGCAUGGAUUCUCGCGGCCAUCGUUUGGGGCAGCGUCUUCUCCCACGACUUGCAGCUGUUCUCAGCGCAUCCGCUCCUCAACUCCGCAGCAGUGCUCCUCUUUGUCCAAGGCAUCCUCCUCGUCCAGCCCACGCACACGGCAAAGCAGAAAAAGCAGGGCACGUACGGGCACGCGGCCUUCAAUGACGUCGCUUUCCUCACCGCCCUCGCCGGCCUGAUUGUGAUCGAGUACAACAAGAUCAGCCACAAGGGUGAGCACUUUGUCUCGCCGCACGCCAUCCUCGGCCUCGUCACCUACAUCUUGAUCUUGCUUCAGCUCCUCGCGGGCAUCAGUGCCUACUUCCUGCCGGGCUUGUACGGCGGGGAGGAGAAUGCAAAGGCGAUGUACAAGUACCAUCGGGUUGGGGGCUACCUGACGCUUCUGGUGAUGCUUGCUACAAUCUGUCUGGCGACGCAGACGGACUUCAACGUCAAUGUGUUGCAGAUUCAGUUGUGGGCUGUGGUUGUUGCUGCUGUUAUUCUGGUAGUGGGUAUUGCGCCUCGCAUCAGGCUGAGCAAGUUUGGGUGGCUUGCUGGGAAGUAA